CUCAGAUUCUCUUCUACUAUUUUUCUCUAUAAAUAUAGAGACUCCAUCACUAUUCUUCAAUCUUCUUUUUGCAGAUUCUCAUUUCAGCAGCAGCAGGAGGAGGUUCACAUAAUUUUGAAUUGUCCCAAGCUAGAGUUUGGUGCUGGGUCGUUCUAUGCAUGUCUGUUAAGAUCUUUGUGUUUAGUUCUGGCCGAGAAUAGAUUCAGUGAUAGUACCCGCAGUUGGAAAAAUUAGUGGUAUCCCAGAAGGGAACCAUGAUUAAGUUGUUUAAAGUGAAGGAGAAACAGAGAGAGCUUGCUGAAAAUGCAAAUGGAAAGCCACCAAUUAAGAAACAAAGUGCAGGAGAGCUGCGUCUUCAUAAAGAUAUCAGUGAACUAAAUCUACCUGAAACGUGUAGCAUAUCAUUCCCUAACGGAAAAGAUGACCUCAUGAACUUUGAAGUCACCAUUCGGCCUGAUGAAGGAUAUUAUGUGGGUGGAACUUUUGUCUUCUCUUUCAGCAUUUCUUCUAUUUAUCCUCAUGAGGCUCCAAAGGUCAAGUGCAAGACAAAGGUUUACCACCCGAAUAUUGACUUGGAAGGUAAUGUGUGUCUCAACAUUCUUCGAGAAGACUGGAAACCUGUGCUCAACAUCAACACAAUAAUCUAUGGCUUGUAUCAUUUGUUCACGGAACCCAAUCACGAGGAUCCCCUCAAUCAUGAAGCAGCUGCUGUGUUGAGUGACAACCCCAGCUUGUUCGAGUCCAAUGUCAGAAGGGCAAUGUCUGGAGGAUAUGUAGGAGAAACGUUCUUCCAACGCUGCAUAUAAACGUCUCAGAUGCAGAAUCGAUUAGUUGAUGAUGCUUACACCAGAAGUUGAAGGCUCUGAAAGUCUGUGAAGUUGGGACCAGGAAGAACCAUUUUUACAUGUGAAAAAGAUUUGAGUGCAAAAAUGUUAUUAGAUAUUUGCAAAACUUAAAACCUGCAGAACGUUUUCUGUAUGUAAGUGUUAAAACUGAAGCUGUUAAGAGACCCUUUGCCUGGAUGAAUUUAUGUACAAUCUGAACUUAUGUUUUCGCGAUCUUGCGCUUCAAUUAUCGUAUUAUUUA